AUGUUCCCGGGGGUCCGUAGGGUAUCCAAGGGAGUCCAAGUUGGAGGCCGCGCAUUGAAUUCGAAUCCAUUGAGCCGGCCACCCACCGCCUGUCCGAUCCUCGCGCGUACUGGCUGUUCGCCCGUCCUUCGCACAUCCGCAACGCUGGCUCCCCCCACCAAGCAAGCCCCCCCUCCUCCCUCUCUCUCUUCCUCUCCCUCCCCUCCUCUUUCUUCCUCUUCUUCUCUUUCUGCUACAGCUUUGUCUCCCUCUUCCUCCUCCCGAGUUGAUCGUUCGGUUUCGUCCGCUUCAUCUCGUGCUGCCCUUUUAUCCAAACACUUUUCCACCUCCGCUGCCCCGCCGCAAUCGCCCAACAUGUCCUACACCGUCCGCAAGAUCGGCCAGGCCAACACCCUGGAGCACCGUGUUUACAUUGAGAAGGAUGGCCAGCCCGUCUCUCCCUUCCACGACAUCCCCCUCUAUGCCAACGAGCAGCAGACCAUCCUCAACAUGGUCGUUGAGAUACCCCGCUGGACCAACGCCAAGCAGGAGAUCUCCAAGGAGGAGUUCCUCAACCCCAUCAAGCAGGAUGUGAAGAAGGGCAAGCUCCGCUACGUCCGCAACUGCUUCCCCCACAAGGGUUACCUCUGGAACUACGGUGCCUUCCCUCAGACCUGGGAAGACCCCAACACCGUCCACCCCGAGACCAAGGCCAAGGGUGACAACGACCCGCUCGACGUUUGCGAGAUCGGUGAGCUCGUCGGCUACCCCGGUCAGGUCAAGCAGGUUAAGGUCCUCGGUGUGAUGGCUCUUCUCGAUGAGGAGGAGACCGACUGGAAGGUCAUUGUCAUCGACGUCAACGACCCCCUGGCCCCUAAGCUCAACGACGUUGAGGAUGUUGAGCGCCACCUCCCUGGCCUUCUCCGCGCCACCAACGAGUGGUUCCGUAUCUACAAGAUCCCCGACGGAAAGCCCGAGAACCAGUUCGCUUUCUCCGGCGAGUGCAAGAACAAGAAGUACGCUCUUGAUGUCAUCCGCGAGUGCGCUGACGCCUGGGAGAAGCUCAUCUCCGGCAAGUCUCCUCGUGGUGAGAUCAGCGUUGCUACCACCACCGUCGAGGGUGCCGAGCGUGCUGACGCUGCUCAGCUCGCUGCCAUCCCCAAGGGCGAGAACCUCCCCCCUGCCCCCAUUGACGGCAGCGUUGACAAGUGGUUCUUCAUCUCCGGUGCCGCUGUCUAA